AUGGUUUACUCUACUUUUACUUCUGAUAAUGCUGAUUUCAUUAACAUCAAUGAUGCUGUUCAAAUUACCCACUUGUUGCACAACCACGAUGAACCCAUUCAAUCAAAGGACACCAAUCCUUCUAUUGUAGAAGUUGACGCUGUUGAACUCUAUAAUAAUAAUUUGGGUAGAACAAGAACUAGCAGCUUUAGCAGCGAAAUCAAUUCUCCAAGCGAAGAAGUUGUUGAUCCUUUUACAAACACCGAAAACAAAGUUGCUGAAGUUGAUUAUUUUACUUCCGAUGAACUUGUAUGGCAACCAGUUGUCUCGAGUUUUGCUGAUGAUUUUAAUUCUGUUGGCGAUGUUGAUUACUACCAAUAUUAA